AUUGACGUUGUUGUCGGGUUGUUCGAUUUGUUGUGCUUUGUAAUCGCGUCAAAAAAUGGAUAAAAACACCGAAAUGGAUCGUCUUGAAAUGCGUAUUCGGGCGCUGGAGAAUCGAAUGUACGGUGAACGGAGAAACGGAGUUGGAAAACCUGUUAAGUUUUCAGAGUCCCUGGCUAGGAUUCAAGCAGCUUUGGCCAACACAGCUAACAAGAGGGAACGUGUAAAAAUCCUUCACAAGAAGAUUGAGGACCUGCUGAGGUACCUUGAUCCCCAGUUUACUGACCACAUCACCGCCCCUAAUGCCAUGAAGCUCGAGUUUAUCCUUGCUGAGGAAGAAUUCCUGCUCUCCCAGGCUGCUUUGCUGGAGCAGGUUAGCACGCUGCAGCCACUUCUGGAUAGCAAAUACAUCAGAGAUGUGCCAGAACAUGCCACUAAGCUCCAGCGCCUGUCACAGAUUCACAUCAAAGAGCAGGGCCAGACUGAGGCCCAGUCCGAGGAAGUGAAGAGGCUGUUUGAGGAGUACAAUAAGAUGAUGUUCCUGUUGUCCAAGCAGUUCACCCAAUGGGAUGAAAACCUGAGGAAGCUGGAAGAGGCCAAGGUUGUCCGGCCUGUGGAGUAACCGCAGCCACUGACACACACCCACAUUCUGUAGAGGAAGAUGACAAUGAUGAAGACUGCGCUAUGGUGGGAUGUCAGAAACAGCAGUGUCUCAUAUGUAGUCUGUCAACUGUAAAAUUGUCCAGAUUCACAAGUUAUUGACUCAAGAAUGGAGUUUUUAAACAGCUCUUUCUUGAAACAAGUAAAAAAAAAGAUGGCAUCUCUUGAUUUUUGUAAAAAAAAAGCCCUUAUUUCAAGAAUUCUAUUGAAUCAAGUGAUGCUGUCUUUUCACUAAAAGAGGGAUGUGCCCUGAUUCAAAACAUUGUCACUCUCCUUGUGAUUCAAUUCACUGGUUUAAGAAAAGCCUUGAACAGUUUUUUUUUUAAAAGGAAGAAUUUUCUCAGCUGCAUUUGCGCAUUUUAUUUCCUUUUGAGAAACUUAAGGAUUUUAUACUAAAAGGAAAGGUUCAGAUGGAUAUUAUGUAUUAGUGUUGAGGGGAGACAACCCAUACUUACAGACUUGGGCUUUGGUUGCCUUGACCAAAGCGCCUAAACAGGUCUGAAAUAUCGUGACAAAUAUGGAAUUGUGUCUGAUAAUAACUAGGUCUUGGGAAGUUUGGAAAAUGUUAUUAAACAUCUUGGGAAACGGCUUUUUUACAGUUCUGGUACACAUAUGACUGCAGUGUUGGUAGUUUGGGAUAAUAGGUGUGAAGAAUGGUCUGUAGCAAUAGUAUGACUAGUCCUGUUGGUUUUUAUAUCAUUGCAUAAAAUCCAUAGCAGAUCGUUCAAUCCCAGCCACGUAAUGUAGGUUUUUGGACAACACGUGGGAUUUUAAAUUUGGAAAGGAGCUCCAAGCCUAUCUGACAUCAUGAUUUAAAGAGCAAAUGUUAAACCUUGUCCCAUCAUUUUCCUUUUGCACGCCAUCCCGUAAGAUGCUAGGUAUAUUUAUUUAUAGUGAGGUUAAGAGCUAUUGGGACUUUCAUUCAAUACAAUAUGCAUUCCAACACUGCUUCUCUAUUGCAAGCCAGUCAUAAGACUUAUCUUUCGGUUCUCUCGCUCUCUCUCUCUCUCUCUCUCUCUCUCUCUCUCUCUCUCUCAUUCUCACUCUCUCUCUCUCGCUCACUCACAUCAAUGUGACA